AUGAAGGAGGUCGUUGGUACGCCGACUUUGACGCGUUUGCUGGCGAGCGUUUCCGCUUCAGUGUUAAGCGUUUGGAGGACGUGCGAAGUGACGGAUAUUGGUGCCUUUGCGCCGGAGGGGAUCAUGCUACCUGCGACAACAGUUCUGCAAUAUGUUGCGACCAGUUUAAAGGAUUCAACCCAGGAGAGACUUCACCUCACCCACGAAGAGGGGGACACAGUGCUGUUGUUGGAAGUACUGGUUAAGCUGGACGUCGUAGACGUGGCAUGGGCACCCAAUCUGAGAAUCCUGAGAAUGCUGGGCGUCACAUCGAGCGCCGUGGGCAGCGCUGUCAACACCGGUGGGGUCGUAACUGCUGCCUCCAUGAAAGAGCAUCGUCUGGAUGAGAUUCCUGUAGCUGCAGAGGACGUAGGAGACGCUGUAACGUGCUUACUGCAUACUAUUCUGUUCACACGAGCUCCCGGACCAGUGCGUCCAAGCGAAGCGACAUGCCACGCUUUCCCGAACAUCACGUACGCUUUGUGCGCUGUAGGGGAUGUUAGCCGUAAAGUGGACCACGCGGUGCGUAGCUUCGAAGAGGCGGCGGUACUUGGAGGAAGUAGUUAUGUCAUGGGGACGAGCAACGGAAUGAUGCCGGCGUAUGGCCAACCGCCUAACAAGUCCCUAGGGACAAGCAAUGUCAGAGGAGCCAAUAGUGGCUACAUUGUGGUGACGUUCUUCGAGCGGAAGGUGAAGAAGGCGUUGUUCGGACUUAUGUCCAAUGAGGAGAAGACAGUCUUUGAGAAAUGGAUCAUUCCGUUCACAGUCACGUCGUCACCCGCAGCGUCACAAGGGGAGACGGAAGCAGCGUUGCAGAAUGCGCUGCUGCACAUUUUAACGGCCGUGCAGAGUAUCGAACACAUUCCUGCGGCAAUGUAUGACUUCGAAAUCACAACAUUCAAUGGCCUAGAAGAGGCUCAAGUUGGCACCUGGCCUUUAAAGACUCCACGACAUCUGCAAGUUCACGACUCGGGUCCGUCUGUGACGAACGGAUACCAGCCAGCACUUUUGCUACAAGGCCUGGAACUUGGGUUUCCGUCAGUAUCGAGGAUUCCUAUCGAGGCCGUCUCGCGUCAAGAUAGCAAGGUCGGACGACAACGCACGUUCGACCGCGGCUUCUUCAUUUUGGCUAAACUGUAUCCUCAUACACAUCAACCUUACGACGUAACGCACUGGAAGUCUUAG